AUGCUUGAUUUCGUCGCGGCAACCGCGGAGCCGUCCCGCCUCUCCCACCCCUGCCUCGUCCGUCCGCAGACCCUGAUGCAAGUCGUGAUGCGUCGGCUCGAGAAAGAAUUCUACCAGAUGCUCGCCGCAAACAGCGACCUCCUGGAUCCGGAAUCCCAAUUCGUCCGCUCCUCCCGUUCCAGCUUCUCUGACGACCAGGUGUCCGACCUCUGGGAUGAAAGUGCCUCGCCUGAUCAGACCGACGCGCUCGUGGCCAGGGAGUCGAUCAUCAAGAUUGAACGCACUACUGCGGUCGUCAUGACCGACCUCCGGGCCAUCGCAGAUACCAUGGUAUUUGCAGGGUAUGGCUUCGAGUGCGUGAGAAUCUACCGGACCCUCCGCAAGUCCGUCGUGGACGAGGAGCUUUAUCGGCACGGUUUCGACAGGUCUCUCAGCUCGCCCCAAAUCAAGAAGAUGGACUGGGCUGUGCUCGAACUAAAAAUUCGAUCAUGGCUCGGCGCUUGCCGUGUCGCGGUGCGUACUCUGUUUCAUCGCGAGCGUGUUCUCAUCGACCACGUCUUCUCCAACUCAAACAUUGCCCGAGAGGUCGUCUUCUCCAGCGUCGCCGGCAAUGCCGCCCUUCAGUUCUUUGCAUUUCCGGAGUGGGCGACCAAAUCAAAAUGGUCGCCUGAGAAGUUCUUCCGGCUCCUGGACAUGCACGACGCCAUUGGUGAAGUUUGGCCGGAGGUCGAACUCGUCUUCUCCUUUGAGUCCACCUCUUCUGUGCGAACACAGGCCCUCGCUUCGUUCGCUAAGCUCACCGAUGCGGCGCGAUGUACCUUCACCAAUUUUGACUCAACUAUACUGAUGUGGAUAUGGUUUAGGGUAGGGGAGUAA